AUGAUUCUAGAAUAUCACGUAAUCAUCGGAACCGAAGAUAUAAAAGGCACGCGCGACCGACGCGCACCCUCUUCCCGCCGCGCUCGUUGUUGGAACCACACCGCUAGUAGAACCGCUUUAGCCUUGAAGCAGUCGAGCUCUAGGAAACCCGUCUCACCUCGUGUAACUAUACAAUUAUGGAGAAGCCAAAGAAAAAAGCAACAGCACAAGAAAAAAUUAGCCAAAGACAGGCUACGAAAGAAGGAAAAAUAUGCAGAAAUCAAAAAAGAUCCUGAAAAAUACAGACUUGAAAAAGAGAAAGAAAGAAAGAAGUACCUUUUAAGAAAAGAAAAGAAAAAGAUUCUCAGCAUAGCAGAAAUUACUGACAGACAAAAAAGGGAGCAAAGGCGAAGAUGGCGAAAAAACUCAAGAAAAUAUUUGAAUAAAUUAAAGGAACAAAAGAAGAUAGAACGUGUUUUACUGGAAAACUCACCACCCACAAGCGAAAAUGAAGAAAUUGCGAAUAUAGCAGAUCCCGAUCCUUUGAUGGAAAUAGAAAAAACACCAAAGACAGUCAAUAGCAAAGCAACCCAAUCGAUCCAAGUAAAUUCAAGUGGUACAAGAAAACUGCGAUAUAGAUCAAUGAAAGUAAUUUCUAAUUUAAAGAAAUAA